CAAGCAAAAAUGUAGUGAUAUUGAAAUAUCUGAACAACAAUAUAAAAAAAUUCACAUUGCAGUUCCUAUUCAAUCUCAGGAUGAUAAUGAAGAUUUUGCGCAAGAAUUGGAAGAAUCAACUAUAAGUAACAAUGAAACCUGCUCACCAACUACUGAUAAUCUGCUAAGUGAAGUGAUCGAAGCAACUGAAGUGACCGAAGUGACCAAAGUAACCGAAGUGACUAAAACAAUCAAAGAAAACAUAGUCGAUGAGGCUGAAACUUCUGAUGAAAAAAAAAAUUGA